AUGCUCAGAGUUUUCAGGACUCGUAAUUUCCAGGCUGUUAGAGGAAGAAAAUUCACCGCGAAUACUAAUCUCUUUGGAAGAAGCCUCAGAGGAGAAGGAAGAAAACUUGUAGAGAACACUAUUGUUGGGUAUGACAAGAUGCUACUAAACAAGCUCUCUUUCUUCCACCUAACAGGCAAUGUAUUUACUGCAUACUGAAUCCUGAAGUCUAUCGGAUGGUUCCAAUCGAUAUUAGAGAGAAAACAGAACAAGAUGUACGAAGAUGAAAUCAUGAGAGAAGUAGCCAGGAACCAAGGGGUUGAACUUGAAGUUUCUAAACAUGCUGAAUACGAGGUCUAUAUCGACCAAUAUACUCAGGAGUUGGCCCUUGCCCUGCCAAUAGUCUUUGUCUUGGGGAUGUAUACUAACAGAAGAUUUGGUUCAGUAUACUCAGCAAAACUUCUUGCUUCCUCAUAUGUACUAGGAUUCUUAUUGAGACAUACAGGGUUUGGACCAUCUGGAGAGUUUGAAGGUUCCUCUCUAAACAUUGCCGGAGCACUUGGAGCUCACACCAUUUUGAAGCUAGGAUUACCAUUCCCAUUAGGCUUGCUUUGAGCACUAGCCUGUGUUCCAGCUACAGGACUAGCUGGGCCAAUUGCAGGAACUAUCUUUGCAAUUGCGCUUUAA